UAAAAACUCUGCUACUUGGCUAAAUAAAGGGGUGGUGGGCAGUGAGGCCUCCUAGGGAGCUGGGGAGAAUUUUACUCUUGGGGAAAGCCCUGGUGGCCUUUCUGGAGGCCCUUCAGCAAGAGGAGAAAAAUGGAAAAAUCGCCCUGCUGGGUGCUGCACUGGCAAGGGUUGGGGUAUCCUCUUACAGGGAGCUGGUGUCCUCUGAUCUGCAGGGGGUAUAACAUUUCCUAUCUUCUGCAGGUGUCAUGUGAAAAGAGAACCCUUCUCGCUUCAGAACAGGAAUCUUAACUUUCCUUGGCAAUUUACACAGUGGAUAGAUUUUAACAGAAACAGAAACAGAUGUUGGAGAUGGUUUUCCACCAGCUUUCUGCCCUGUCUCUUCUGGGGUCCCAGGAGCUUUAAUACCUUUUAUCCUCCAGGUCUCGGAGUUGGACGUCACACUACUCUGGAAAGUGGCACUGGGUGCCGUGUUGCAAUGGGCACCAUGAUUGACUCCUAGGAAAUGGGACGGACGUGGGAGAAGGCAGCACACAUUAGAAGAUUCCUGGUGUUUAGGGCCUCACCUGUGCCUGUGGAGAGGCCAGCAGGAGUGGGCCAGGAGGCUCGGGGACCAGUUCUACAAGGAAGCCAUUGAGCACUGCCGGAGUUACAACUCACGGCUGUGUGCAGAGCGCAGCGUGCGUCUUCCCUUCCUGGACUCACAGACUGGGGUGGCCCAGAACAACUGCUACAUCUGGAUGGAGAAGAGGCACCGAGGCCCAGGCCUUGCCCCAGGCCAGCUGUAUACAUACCCUGCCCGCUGCUGGCGCAAGAAGAGACGAUUGCACCCACCUGAAGAUCCAAAACUGCGGCUGCUGGAGAUAAAACCUGAAGUGGAGCUUCCCCUGAAGAAGGAUGGGUUCACCUCAGAAAGCACCACGCUGGAAGCCUUGCUCCGUGGUGAGGGGGUUGAGAAGAAGGUGGAUGCCAGGGAGGAGGAAAGCAUCCAGGAAAUACAGAGGGUUUUGGAAAAUGAUGAAAAUGUAGAAGAAGGGAAUGAAGAAGAGGAUUUGGAAGAGGAUAUUCCCAAGCGAAAGAACAGGACUAGAGGACGGGCUCGCGGCUCUGCGGGGGGCAGGAGGAGGCACGACGCCGCCUCUCAGGAAGACCACGACAAACCUUACGUCUGUGACAUCUGUGGCAAGCGCUACAAGAACCGACCGGGGCUCAGCUACCACUAUGCUCACACUCACCUGGCCAGCGAGGAGGGGGAUGAAGCUCAAGACCAGGAGACUCGGUCCCCACCCAACCACAGAAAUGAGAACCACAGGCCCCAGAAAGGACCGGAUGGAACAGUCAUUCCCAAUAACUACUGUGACUUCUGCUUGGGGGGCUCCAACAUGAAUAAGAAGAGUGGGCGGCCUGAAGAGCUGGUGUCCUGCGCAGACUGUGGACGCUCUGGUCACCCAACCUGCCUGCAGUUUACCCUGAACAUGACCGAGGCUGUCAAGACCUACAAGUGGCAGUGCAUAGAGUGCAAAUCCUGUAUCCUCUGUGGGACCUCAGAGAAUGAUGACCAGCUGCUCUUCUGCGAUGACUGUGACCGUGGCUAUCACAUGUACUGUUUAAAUCCCCCGGUGGCUGAGCCCCCAGAAGGAAGCUGGAGCUGCCACUUAUGCUGGGAACUGCUCAAAGAGAAAGCCUCAGCCUUUGGCUGCCAGGCCUAGGGCCCCAGGUCACAGAAUGUGACUCGCUACUGGAGAGGCUAAAGCAGAGCCCAAUUCAAACCAGAACGCGCCCUCCUCCCACAUAUCCAGACAGACCAACCGUAAGGAAAAGAAAUAGUCCCAGAGGGGCACGGACACAUGGAACCAAGAGGGCGAGGCAUCUCCUGACCUCCCCUGAUACGUACAGAACUUGAGCCAGCACCUCCUUGUCUCUACCGGAAGGAAGUUGCACUUUGGAAGAACACCCCUGGCCCCAGCCCUGUGGAACCCCUCUCACUUUUACCCUAGCACCGAGGCCCUCUCAUUCGUUCCCAUUUUAAGGGAAGCCAUUUCCUGGCCGCUCAUCCAUCACUUGUGUGUAGUGUGGUGUUUUUUUAUCUAUUGUGUUCCAAGAAAUCUUCACACAGCCCCCGUCCCCCCAGCUUAGGCUCUUCAUCCUGAAACUCUCACCCAAGGAACAAAGGGCUGUGGAGAAGUUGUCGUUUAUGGCAAGCCUCACGGGAAACUUCUAGACUUGGGGUCUUGAAACCCCUUCUUGUUCCUUGGUGUCUGUGGAGACAAAGAGUUGCUUUCUAGAACCCCAGCAGCGGCAUCCACAGCCAGCCUGGUCUUGAGCCACUGCGUAAAGUUACUGGAUGGGGGCGGGGAGGGAGGGAGAGGCGCAGAGACACGGGAGGAAACGUUGUGGAAAUGGUGCCAAGGCCCCGCCAUAGCCAGUCAGUACUUGUUAUCCAUCGGGAGAGACUUUGCAAGGGGCCAGGCUGGUUCCUUGACCUUCAGAGCUGGGGCAUCCUUUAGGUGAGACCAGCCACGGCCUAUGGACAGAGGAAGACGGUCAAGCCUCUGCCUCUCAGCCCACCUGGGUCUGGAGAUCUGGUUCAGCUUCUCCUGGUGGGACUCAAGAACCAGGAAGGGGAGCGAAGCCUGCCCAAUCAUGUGUCUGAAUGCUGGAUACAGGGGGCUGCAGCUUUGAGAAACCUUCAGUAUUGAUGCGAUGCUCUGAAUUCCUUUUUCCAAGUAAUUUCUUCCUUCCACGUAGUGUAUGUUCGCUAUUGUCUACUGAGACCUGACUGGGAAUUUUAGGAUGGGGGAGAGAAGAUUGUUAUCUAAACAAAUAAUUAGGGUGACGUGGUCAUUAUUCACCACCAGGGUGGCCACAUUUUAGAACUCUCAGUGCGGGGGCUGCUCUUGUCUUCUAAGCUCCCCAAACGUGUAGGACUCUUCGUUUUCAAAAAAAUGUGUCUAGAAGAAAGAGGUGGGGAGGCUGAGCUUCUGAGAACUCUGUGUGUUGGAAGAUAGCCCCGAGGGCUGGAGCGGAUUGGGCUGACUUUGAAUCGCAGCAGCAGCACAAUAACUGACAUAUUUCUGGAAAAAUCAUUUGCCCAAAGGGCAGGUCUUGGUGAGCGGAACCCUCGCGCAUGCUUGGCUUCUCUGAAAUCAGCUCCAUCUCUGUGGUCUGGCUGCUCACAACAAAGGCCCAGGUUAUUUUUAGUUCUUCAGCUCCUGAGGAAGCUCCCGGAGACUCGGGCUAGUUGGGCCACUUCUGCCCGGCUGCAGUAUUUGUGCUGUCCCUCGGCAGGAGUGCUCCUCUCCAGGCUAAUUUCUCUUGGCCAGUGGACCCAGGGCAGCCUGGCAUGAAACCAAGCAGUGUGGGUCUCCCCCACGCUUCAGCAGAGUGACCUGUGGCAAGCGAUGGGGGUCACUCUCCUGCAGGGGCCUGUGGCCUCAGAGUGAAUCACACACAUACAUAAUGGUCUCAUUUAAAGGGCCCCUGUCCGGAUGGAAUUUUCAUCUUCCUCAUAAGUAAUUUCCUUCUGCCUGCUGGUCGGUGAGCUUGUCUGAAUCCUGAAGGCCCAGGGAGGGAUAGGGAGGAUGCCAUUCCAUCAGAGGGGCACAUUUUCUCUCCUGACUACUCCAGCUCUCUCUCUUCCCACAAAACCCAAAGCAGGCUGUCUCCAAAGGAUAAUAAUUGGUUUUGAGCAUCAUUUUAAUUUAAAUUUAGAAAACAAAAUUCCCCAAAUGUUCCCAAGUGCCACAAUAGCUUAAAAGUUUAAAAAGCAAGUCCAAAACCCCAAAUUGUGGCUCUACAACUUCACACGUCCUCUUCAGAGUAUGUGCAAAUUUGUUUUCCACGGAAGUGCAGGUGAUAGGGCAGCCCUGUUCCAUCUCAGCCCCAUGUCUGCUCUGCCUACACAAGCUGAGCCUCAGCUGGGUCUCCCAGGCCAAGGCAGGGCACUGGAACUUGCCUGCACUGGUGAGGGUCAGGGCUCUGGAGUGACAUUAGGAUGGCCCUGGAGUUCCCCUUUCAGCUUCAUUACUCCCUGAAGAAUGGGCCCAACCCAUUCUUCAUCUUUGGAGGCGUCAGUUUCCCCAUCUGGAAAGCGGGGAUAGCAAGCCAGCUUGUGGGCUGGCACUGUCAGGGUCCUGCAAGCAGACAAAAGUCUCCAUGGUCACAUUUAUCACCUCUGUGUUGAAAAGAGGACGGGGUUGGUAAACUUUAAAUUGGUCUCUUUUUUUUUGAACCCCAGAGAAUGAGCUAGAAUCAUAGGAUGCAUGUGAAGGAUCAGGGUUUUUGUGUUGCCUCUGCCAUGGAGUAGCUGUGUGACAUUGGGCAAGUCACCUAACCUCCCUGAACCUCAAUUUGCCCACCUGGAAAAUGGAGAUAGUAACACUUGCCCUGCCUAUUCCAGAGUGACAUUGGGAGUCUUAAGCAUCAUGUUACAUAAACAAGCACUGCAGAGCCAUGCUUGUUUGGGAAGAACUCCAGAUGUUUUCCAUGUCCGCCUUCUUGUGUGCAUUAGCCAAUGUUAGAUGUCUUCUUCAAAUCUCCCUUGUGACCAAAGGGAGUUUAUAUUGCCAGGGCCGGGCUGCUCAUGGUCAGGGUCCUGGCAAAAGCUGCGACCCAGGAAAUCAUGACUUGCAUGGGCUGUGGGGUGGAGGUGAGGGAUGUACAUGGGGUUGGGGACUUUAAAAUGAAGGUGCUCAGGAUACUCCUUCUGUAAGAUUAAUGCAGUUGAGAAUGGAAAGGUGACUUUUAGAGAGGGCUAUGAUUCGUUUUAUUUCAUGGGUAACGCUCAGUUUCCGACCAACACUGCCACUUUCUAGCUGACUGACCUUGGGCCAAUGACUUCACCUCUCUAAGCCUCAUUUCACAUGUCUGUAAGGUGGGGAAACAUGGCCUAUCCAGCAUGGUCUUUGCAGGUAUUCGAGGUGACAUUGGUAAAGAUCCUGGUAUGGGUCUGGCAUGAUGAUGGUCCCCACUCCAUGGUAGCUAUUGUCAUUUUCUGUAGAGGCCACCAAAUGGAGAUAAUGAUGUGGUUGUCUCCCGGCUCAAAUGCUGGGAACAGCCAGGAGAACUUUGCUGGGCUUCACCUCUCUGUAUUGUGGCUCCAGCAAACCAGAGAGGUGAGGCUGCCCGAUCCAACCGGAAGUGGAAAUCCUGUUUCCUGUAGGCAUUUUUGAAACCCUGCUUUUUGGACCUGUAGCAAAUCCAGUGCAGGCAACAUUAUGUGGAAAUAGAAACAGGGCUCCUGCUAGGAGAUUGACAUUCUGGCUUUCCUUCAGAACCCGUCACUGACUCAUCGCCCCUGAAGCAGGAGCCAGCAGGUCCCAAGGCUCCCCUGCUCCUGUCCCUGCCCCAGGGCGGGGUAGGAAGCCCAGGCAGGCUGAGCCCAGCCGACUGGAACCAGGGAAGAGCCCGUGGGUGGGUGGAAGGGAGGGAAGGAGGCCAGAUUCCUCCAGAGCUGGGGAAGAUAACAGGUUUUGAAGUUGGGGGAGGGUUUGGGUUACACAGUGAUGGUUUCAUGAUACCCUGGAGGGUUACACACUCCUGGUGCAUUUUUUGUCUUCGUGCUUUGAAUACAGCCCGCUUCCUUUCAACCCUCUGCUUAAAAAGUUUUGAUGUUUUAAGGAAGAAAAAUGAGAUGAUUGUUAUUACUUUUCCUCUGGGGGCAAGUGGAGGAGACCUGCGCUCUUUUAUGCCGCUGAAGAAAGGUUGCUGGCAACCUCAGGCCUCAGGACUCAAAGAAGAGGGGCUUAUAGUCUCCUCUUUGGGUCUGUGUGUGAGGAGGUGGGGGGCAUUGUGCUGCCCAUGGCCCAGGGUGGGCCCUGAGGACCACAUCCCUUACCCCCAGGCUGGUUUUUAGCCUGUUGUGGAAGUGCUGGGACAGAAGCAGCCCCUUCUUCUCUCACUCCCUGGCUGCCUCUCCUAGCCCCUCUUCAGCGGGUCCCAAUGUCUCAGCCCGAGGGAGAAGCUGGCUCUGGCCAGAGCCACGCUCACACUCCCACGGGAUGCUGCAAGUCCCAGGCCUGGCUCCCUGUAGCAGUGGUGACUUGGUGUCCCUUUUAGCAGGCUCCCAUUCCUGGGGAGGGAGAAAGACAGGGG